CCCCCAUCUCCCCCCUCACACUCCUCCCUCAGCCUCAGCAUCUCAAAAGGCUACUGAGUGAGAAUCGAUGGCGCAGAGGCCCGCCUGACAGGACAAUAAAACCCCACAAAGAAGCGAAGACGGUUAUGUACCCGGUAUGGGAGUUCAACCCACGGUGCCUGGCUUCCCAGGCCUGGUUUCAGUCCCUGAUGUGUGGCCUUUGAGAUGUCCACCAUCCCUCAACUCCCCUGCUCUUAAUGGAGCCCCCAUCUUCUGAGCUGCUAAGUGGAGACCUGCUCAUUAAUUCUUCCUCUGGGGAGCCGUCCCUGUUCACAGACACGCCGAGCCCUGUCUCCUUGUUGGCAGAUGAAUCUGGCUCUCAUGACACACCUAUAUCGGGCUGUGUGGAUCUCUCCUUCCUGGAUGAGGCUUUAUUGGCCUCACCAGCAGGAGGAGAGGAUUCUGAGGAUGUAUGUGAACCUCCACAAGUUGAGGCCGAAGUGCCACAGCAACAGGAAGAGGAGGAGGAGACAUGUGACAUCCUUCAGCAAAGUCUCCAGGAGGCUGACAUCACUGAGCACACACUGGCUUUAGAGGCAGGUCUUUCCCAGUCUAGUGAAGCGCUCUCACUCUAUCCAUCUGGUUUAACCCCACCUUCACCUCCAUAUAUGUCUAAACCACUAAACGUCUCUGGGGUCACAACAUUGCCCAGGGACACACAAGUUGCAGUGGAGCCUCCUCAACCAUCUUUGUUGGCUGUGGGACCAGGUUGCCCUUCGCUCAAGCCAGUGCCACCACAAUUAAUGGGGCUACUACCUGGGAACGUAUUUCCUGCACCUCCCACAUCUGACACGUCCUUUUGCCUAAGUCAUGCACAAGGUUCCAACAUGAUCAUACACAAAACUCUUCCAGGCCUUACAUUGAGCCCUGCUGUUAGGACAACAGCACCUCAAGAAAUUAUAUUGCAAAGGACCCCUUUGCCUAUCCAACCCAAGCUGCCAGUCAACAUACAGCCUAGACUGGUGCAGAUAAGCCCCAAACCGUCAGAGCAGAAGUCAUCUCCAGGCCUUGCUUUCAUUCCUCCAGCUGCAUCACAAAAUAUUCUGUUGUCCUCUCCUGUGGGCCCCAGGCAGCCUCUGUCAUCACAGUCUACAACAGCACUCAACAAGCCUGUGAGUCUGCAGCUAGUCAACCAGGGAGGCUCAAUUGUUAUUCAGCCCCAGAGUCUCUUCCAGGGCCAGAGCCACUUCAUAUUGCCUAGUCAAGGCUCUGUAAACCAGUCUACAAGCAUCUCUGGGCCACUGCUCAGCACGACAAACAAUCAAAUGCCAAGUGCAGCCCCUCUGGCAGGACAGCUUGUUGAUGGCUCACAGAUUGUAACAGUACGCCCCAGGCAACUCAAUUUUAGCCCUGUGUUUACCACUCCGACUGGGCAGCUCACUCUCAGACAGGGAGCUCUUCUGUCUGGACCCCUGCAGCUUCAGUCAGCGCCCCCUACCGUCUUCCAUAUGCCGGCGCAGCUAGCAGGGGCCUAUUCUGCUCAUGCACAGGGGCAGCAUGGUGGUGUUGUCCACACACCUGCCUUAGGGAAGCAGUUCACCUUGAUCAACACUCCUGGUGUGCUUGCCCCUGAUAUGACUGCCAUAUCAAUAGUGAAUGGGCCGUCCAUGGUGCAAAGCUUGCCCUUAGUGUCCCAGGCACAGAGACCUAUGGCAGGGGGCAAUGAGGAGCAGCUAAGUCUUCCACAGACCCCAGUGCUUCUGUUGCCUGAAAGAACUGCUGCAGAAAAAAAUGCAACAAAUGAGCAACUACAGAGUAUCUUACACAAAGGCACACUGUCUCCUCCAGCUUCAAUGCAAGCUGCUGUAGCCAAAAUGCACACACAGCCUUCCCCAGUCAUUAGUAUUUUGCAGGCACCAACAGAGAGCACUAAUUCCCCUGAGCCUGUUGCAUUUUUGUCCAAACACCUAAUUACACAUCCAGAGAAACAGCAAGCUGUUGAAGGAGGCCAUACACCACCAAACCAAGCAUUUAUUCAUCAACCCCAACAGGAAGCACUUAAUCCUUCAGCUUCUGCUGAAUCCUUGGACAGCCACAUCUCUCCUGAAGCUAGUGAGAGAGAGCCUUCACCCAUGGUCCUGGCUGUGUGUGCAUCGUCUAAGGUUCUCUCUGUGUUAUCAGAGUGUGGAGGAAUCCCCACUCCAGUGCAUUCUGGGUCGGAGCAUGGUGACAUGUUAGCCUCGCCACCCAUCACCCAGUGUCCUGAAAGUACACCCUCGACCAUGUUUCCAACUCCCCCACUUUCAGACAGACAACACUCCUCUGCAUUUGUAGUUCUCAGUGCCAAAAUGCAGGGGCAAGAGGAAUUAAUGAUGUGUAUGAGUCCAUCUUCAACCUCCGAAAGGAUCUCUAUUACUGAGCAACAGCUUUUACCCAUUCCUCUAUCCACUGACCUCAAAGGAGUUCUGGAGUCUGGCCUUAUUGAAGCCCAGCAGCACAUGCAACAAAGUAAACUUAGAGUUCCUGGCUUAGUAGAUGAUGAAGAAAUCUCACUAGACCUACAGGACAGUUUUGAAAGCUUGUCAUCCCAGGACAUCGAGGGCCACAGUGUCCUUCAGGUGCCCUGUGUUGGUGUGAAGGCGAGAGAAAGACUCACGCCAGCAAUGCGGCAGCAGAGGAUCAAGCAGCAGCUUUGUUCAGACUAUGAUGCUGUUCUUAAUCCAUACACUUGCUCUCGGUUCACUUCGCUAGAGGAUGCUGUGAAACACCUGUUGCCCUACCACACCUGCUCCAGAGCCUUACCCAGCCAAGCUGAUCUGCUUACAGUGGAUAAGCAGUUUGAAAAUGUAUCAGGGCUGCUGCUGAAAUGUACUACAGACAUGCUGAACAAAUACCGGCAGCUCCUACUGGCGGAGUCUCAGCAAGAAAGUCCUUCGGCAGAGAUGGUGAUGCUAGAACGGUUGUUCCUGCAGUCUGAGCGACUCUUACUCGGGGAGGAGAGACGCAGAGCAAGAGGUGAUCCAGAGUCCUUCUUGAUGUCUUUGCGUAAAGCAUCAUGGCACCGUGGCAUGCUGCCUUCACGCCACUCUGAAGCCUCAGCGAGUCCCCCAUCACCCCCUGCAUGGGCUCUACACUCAGACAGACCCCCAGGUCUUAAGACAUAUUGCUCUAGGAGCAGGGGGUCACUGCGCCUUACCAUCAAGCAUGAGUCAGGAUCUCGCAAAGUCAUCCACAACUCUGCGUGCGACGAGUCACAUGCCCUUACGGGACAUAAACGCACAUUAGAAGUGCAGCUAACUAACAGAGGGGGGAGCAAACAGGAGGGGCAGGAAAGCACCCUCAGUCCAACAGAGACAAGCGCAGAGCAAAAUCAAGCGGUAGCUGGUGUGGACAUGGACAGGACAGCUUGCAAUUUUAUCACAAAGUCAGAGCACAAACCGGAAAGAGCAGAGGGAUCAUUUCCAGAGGUUCACCCCCCAGAGCUUAAAAGAAGCAAGCUGGAAAUUGCAGAUGGGUUGGGGGAUGAAGGUGGCCUGAGUGAGCACCUGCAGAGUGCAAUAGACAGCAUCCUGGAGCUCCAGAGGCUUCAGGGACCAGCAGCUUGUCUCAAACCCAAACUGCAGCCCAGUGCGCUGGAGCAGAGCAUCAGCUGUGUGCUGGAGGGAGAAUUGUAAUACAUGGAACAAGAAUUUGCGAGGGAAAAAACCAACAACAAAAAAAAAAAAAAAACAAGUGCCGCUUCCAUCCUACAGCUGAGUAUAACUACACGGUCUGACAUCCACAACAGAUGCUAAAUUCCUAAUUUGUUCAUUCCUACUCUAAGAGGGGCUCCGUAUAGGCGUGAAAAAGGACUUGACGUAAAGCUGAUUGAUUAUAUAAAUGAGACUGGGAGACCUGAUGUGAAUAAAUUAAGUGGAGCACCUGUUUUUUUUUCCCUCUUCUUCUUCUUAAGAUGCGCCACAGUAAUUUUUUUUAAUGUUGGAUUUAGUGUUAAAGUAAGGAAGCUUCCAAUGUGCUUGAUUUGUGCCAACAUUGACAACGUUGUCAGUUGCAUUUGCCGAGUGCCUGUGUGUAUUGUUGUCUUUUUCUGAAUGUAUGUCCGUGUGCGUGUUUGUGUGACAAGUACAAUAAUUCACGCGUGAAGGGGGAGUUUGCUUGAUUAUAUAGAUAUACUACAGUUUAAGAACGUUUGUACACUACAAGUGGAUAGUUUAUGGAUAAUGAUGUCCGUUUCAGCUUGUUUAUCCCCAAAGAACACACACAGUUCAUUCUGAAAAUCACCAGCAAAACCUAUUACUGCGUUCAAGAGAUUGUUUUCUUAAAAACUAAAAGUUGUCUCCAUAAUUUUCGCAACAGUGAUUGCCGAAAGGGAGAUGUUUGACUCCAGUUACAAAUUAGCAGCUGUUUUUUUUUUUUUCGCCUGCAGUAAACUGUGACAUCUUACAGAGACAAAAAAAAAAAAAUGCUCUAAGUGAUAUUCUGAAAAAGCAAUAAUGAGCAGUUGGUCUUGAAUACAUGGUUGUGCCUCAGUCCAACUUCUAGACGCUUUUGCUUUCUGUAUCGUGAUCCCAGCCGUUUAUCGCCUGUAUUCUGGCAUUAGGAAAAUAUUUUGUUAAAGAAAGAAAAAAAAAAAAGAAGAAAAAACAGCAGCAAUAGUAAUAGAUCAUUGGGUAAAUCGACGCCAAUCAAAUUUGUUGACAGGAUACAAAAAAGGUAUUUUAUUUCAUGUUUCAAAAAUUAGCUCUCGUCCAUAAAUCACUUCUAGUUAUUGCCGCAUCCCGAAGUACAAAUGAUUGUGUUUGAUUCUUUUUGACAAUCUGAAAAUUGUGUUAGUGCUGUAGGUCACAAAAAAAUGAAGAAAAAAACCCCACAUCAUUAAGAUUAAGCAGUAAAUCCUUAUCAGCAAAAGUUUCAGAACAGAUGAAAUAUAUGGUUGUGGAAAUAUGAAUACUUUGGUAUUUAACAGUAACUACUAGGACUCAAGCCAGAUAGAGGUAUAAUUAAUGAUGAAGUUAAUUACCCACAUCUCCACAGACUUUGAUAUCCAUGUCUGACACAUUCUCACUUUUUAACAGUAAUUUAGACGUAAUGCCCCCGGACAUGCUAUGCACUGGUAAACGUUUCAGAGUACUCCAGUCACGAACACCAAGGUGACGGUAUAAUGCACUUAACCCUACGAACUGUGACGAGCCCUAAAUGUGACAAGGUGCCAUCUUUUUUUCCCGAUAGAUGAUGUCAUUGUUCUCUGGUCAUUCUCCUGUUUCAGUUUAUUAAAUACUGUGAAUAAGGUAGCAUGUGUUGGACACUGCUUCAGACUACGACACAUUUUACUGACAGAUUGUUCUGAUGCCAAAAUCAAAGAGGCCUUAAUUCUGCAGUACCAGAUUGUAAAAAAAAUAAUAAUAAAAAAAAAAAAAAGACAUAAAAAGGGGGGAAAAAAAAGUAAAUGUUAAAUCCCAACUAAUGACUCUUUUGACCCACUGUCAUGUUAGUCAUUCAUUUGAAACAUAUUAAGAGAGAAAAUCUUUUGUAUACAUUUUUACAAACUAUUUAUUUAACUGUGAUUUUGUAAAUAAUAAAAAGUUAAAUUGUGAA